UAUCUCUCCCAUCUCUUCCUUGUGGAGGUUUCACAAACACCACCAAUCUUCUUCUUCUCUCAUCAUCUUUUUGGUUACUUCUUAGUUUGAUUUGAUCAAGAUCAUGCUUAGCAAAAGAACCCAUCCCAUGAUAGGAAAAAUAUCUGAGCUCCUCGUUGGGGUGAACCGAUCUGCGGCCGCGGCUGCUCCGUUCUUGGACGUCUUGAUGACGAGCCCAAGAAGCCCACUAGAUUUCAAGAUUCUCCCACAGAUAUCUCAAAGAAACAGCUCAAAGAGAUUCUAUGAUGACAAUCUUGGUGGGUCCGUUGGUCUAGGGAUUGUAGCCGCACUCGAGAACUCAACCACUCGUCGUAUCACGAGCGUUUCUAGAUCGGAAUCUAACCAAACCGGCCGGUCUGAUCCGGUUCACUUCAUGAGCCAUGGAGGAAGCAUGGACGAGGAAGAUGAGGAGAUGUUCAUGAUGGACGAGGAGGAUUACACGUUGGUGACGUCGCACCAUGGUCCUAGUGGAACUUGUAGUACAAGGGUUUAUGACAAAGAUGGGCUUGAGUGUUUCGCAAGUAAGGUUAGCGAAGAACGUCGUGAGAGACUUUUCGUGGUCGAUGUCUGUGCGGAAUCUCCAGAGAAUACGCCGAAGUUUGAGGGUUUGGGUUUCCUGAAUUCAUGUUACUUAUGCAGGAAGAAACUUCACGGUCAGGACAUAUUUAUCUACAGAGGAGAAAAGGCUUUUUGCAGCACAGAGUGUCGAUCAAGUCAUAUAGCAAGUGUUGAACGGAAAGAGAGGUGUAGAUCGAAGUUCUCACCCUCUCCUUACACCGCCGGUCAUGUUUUCUCCGUCGGAGUUUUAGUGACUUAGCCGGAGUUCUUCUUUUGAGUAUAUAUAAUAUAUAUAUGGGGGUCAGGGGUAAAUAAAAUAAUAACUAGCCAUUAAUAAUAUGCGAGAGAAAUAAAGUAUAUAUCAUAUAUAUAAAAAUAUGACAUGUAUGUCCAUAUAAAUGAUAUAUGUUAUAUGGUGGAAGAGAAACAACAUGAAAAUUUUGGGUGAAGGGGGUUUAUGAGAGAGAGCCAGUUCUUGAUCGUCAAGAUGGCGAAAAAUGGAACAAGGCUCUUGUUUUCUUUUUUUUUAAUUGUAAUUGUGUUUUGUAUUUGGUGGUUUAUUAACAUGUUAAAAUAAUUUUAAUGUUCAAAUUGGGUUUUCAUUAUUCUUGUGUCCUUUCUUUUAGUGGAUGUUUUAAAAGGUGAGAAUAUAU